GGAUUCGGAUUCCGGAAUCUUUUGUCCAAAAUGAACGCGUGAAACCCGCUUUCUAAAUAUCAUGGUGCUUGGUGGGUGACGCUCUGGAUUGUGAUCUGCCCUGUCGAUCCACGCCCACUGGUCCUUUGGGUUGCGUGUCAUGGCCAGCCAGCCCAAUUGCCCGUCCUCCCAGCCCGAGGAAGACAAGACCGGUCAGCUACUCUAUGUUCUGGAUGACAAGACCUUGGUCUUGUCCGACGCCAGCGGACACGGGAAUAUCAUCUCCGGAUUUGCACCCGACAUCCUCCAGCAAGCCUUAGCCGAGGUUACGGCCAAUCCAGUCUCGACCUCGACCUCCAGCUCGACGACUCGAGGUUCAGCCUCGGAAUCAGAGGCAAGUAGGGCGGAUUUAGACGGCCGAGCUUUGGAGGCGCACAUAGAUGGAUUGGGCGGGUCCUUGCACUUGCAUCUGCCCGACAAGGAGGCCGAGGAUCAGGGCUUGGGCAAGGUCACUUUGACCCAACAGAACGCACUCUUGCUCGAGGAGCUGGCUAAUGUGGCGGCCGUGGAUACCAAUACAGCUGCCGCAUCGGCCGUGGCCCAAUGCGGGGUGACGGUGCCCAAUGUCAGGCCCGAGGACGUGGUCACGGUGCUCCGGGCCCAUGACGGCACCCUGGAGAUCUCACCCGCCAAUGCCAAGGCCCUGGGAUUGUCCGUCAGCCCGGGACGAAACUCGGUCAGCGUUCAGGCCGUAGGUGGUCAUGGUCCGUUCACGGCCAACACUACGGCACCUUCAAGCUGCUCGAGGGUGUCCUCGGCCAAGCCCGUGGGCACGAAUAUGAUCCUCAUCCCCACCACAGCUACGGAUGGGACGGUCAAUUUUGUCUUGAAGCCGAGUCCGGCUCCCAGAAGCAGCCCGGUGACCGUCACCACUACCAGUCAUUUGAGUCUCGCCAGCCCUCACCAUCGGCCCUCGAUCAUCGGGCGACGAGCACCCGGGAUGAGUCAUCAUGCCUCGAUCCAACUCAAAACGAGUAGUCCGCCGUAUUCACCGCGAUUGCGACCCGUCAUGACGCCCUCGGUGAUGACGUCGGUGGGAGUAUCAGCCCGGAGAUCGCAGCCAAUGAUCUUGCCCAAACCUCAGCCCCAGAUGAUCCGCCUCGGGUCCAAUGCUUUUGUCCUACCGCGAAACUCAAACUUGGUGAGCAGAAAAAAUGGUCUGGGAACGCACCUGGUUUCGGAAGGGAUCAAAUUUCUUCCACCCGGCUCCUCUUUUAACACCACUGCUAUCAGUGCUUGCUCGGGAAUGGAAUUCACUUCCAGUGUACCUUCGCCACAAAAUCAAAGUGUGAAGAUCACAUCCAGUCAAGAAACAAAACGGAGUGAAACGAAAGUGGUGUUUGAUCCCAAGACCAACACCAAUGUCAUCUACAAAGUGGUUUACCCUGAAGACGUGGGAUUGGUCGAUUUGCCCAGGAAUCCGCCUGUCCGACUGAAAGACACCGUGGCCGGAAUCGAUAGUAGUGAUGACGGUGACAGUAGUGAUGACCUUUUGACCCCUAAUCUGCGCGAAAACAACGAGAACCACGUGCCGUCAAAGGCCCAAGUCAUACGCAAGAAGCUCAACAACUCGAGAAAACGAGGUCGACCCCGUCGCGGAGAGAUGAAACUCGAGAAACCGGAAGCUCAUGCGAAGAAAUUGCGAAAAGAGUUCGGCCUUUCGGUCCAGCAGAUCCAGACCCUCGGCAAUGAAAUCGUGUCAGAUCGAAACAUGCACUACGAAAUGCCCACCAUUGAGGGCGACACCCCCUUGGGCCAGGCCACCCAAGAAGACGAUGAAGCCAAAGUGGCGAGCUCGAUUUCUAUGACGAGGUCAGGCCGUGUAUCCAAGCCGCCCGUGGCCAAAGACGAGAUCCAACCGUUGAAAAAGCCAAGUGUCAAGAUUUCAAACCCAGAAGGAGAACAACAGCCUCGUCCCAAAAGACGCUUUUUCGUCCCGGAUCGAUACAGGUGUAGAGUUUGCGACAAAAUCUAUUUAGGCGACAAAAAGAUGGCAAAGCACAUAAAACUAUACCCAGAUCAUGGUCCAAAAGACACCGUUUACGCUCCGAGGCACUCAGUCACACCGUCAGAACCGCCCACCAUGGGAGGUGUAUCAUCCCAUUCUCUGUUGGUGUCUAGCCAUCAUGUGGUUGGAAAAUAUCCCGGCAAAAAGAUGCCCGAAUUCUCCAUGCCCAUUAUUCCCAUGGCCAGAACCCAAUUGGAGGAAUUGGUGAAAAAUCUCGAUGCCGAGUUAGUCCUGGACGUGGUGAGCAAGAAAAUGUUUGACAACUACUCCAUGUGGCAAUUGGAAGCCAAGAAGAUUUCGAAUCUCCCGGAAACGAGUAUGGACAAGUUGUGCAAGAUGUUUGAAGACAUGGAAAAAAUGCUUAGCGAACAUCAUGUGGUUGGAAAAUAUCCCGGCAAAAAGAUGCCCGAAUUCUCCAUGCCCAUUAUUCCCAUGGCCAGAACCCAAUUGGAGGAAUUGGUGAAAAAUCUCGAUGCCGAGUUAGUCCUGGACGUGGUGAGCAAGAAAAUGUUUGACAACUACUCCAUGUGGCAACUGGAAGCCAAGAAGAUUUCGAAUCUCCCGGAAACGAGUAUGGACAAGUUGUGCAAGAUGUUUGAAGACAUGGAAAAAAUGCUUAGCGAAGUCAAGAAGAUUGUUGAUCGGUGUCUGAUCGACACCAAACUCUGCGAUAGAGAUAUGCCUUUUGUCAACUUUGGUGAAUGUAUGCAAACCGCCUUGAACGUUCACGAGGGUCCGUGGUACUUGGAACAGCCCAAACAUAUCCCUGACGAAUUCCAUCGACUUUUAGGCAUUCAGCACCCGAUGAUGGUCUCGCCACGGUCGGAUUCCACGAAUCCAACCUUGGGCAACGCCGAUGACGAUAAUUCGAAUUCCCUCAUGUCUUUCUCCUCCGACAAGGAUCACAGUCUAGGAGCUCAAGUGGUCCUAGAGCAGAACUUAGGAGCUCGCAAUCUUCACUUGGAUGAUGACUCGCAAGACAGCACUGGCGAGCAUUCCAAAAAGGCCUUCGACGACCACAAAAGCCCGGGAUCCGUGUCUCACGGAGACGACGACAGUAACAUGUCGAUUGCUCAUGCCAAAAAGACGACGCUUCAUGCGAACAGAUCGAACAUGGAAUCUCGUCCUGAUCAUGGGACGAAGUGCUCGGAUUCCGCGGCGCGACAACUCGCCAUUGAAAUCGACGCUCUAUCAAGCUUUGACGGGCCUAGCAAUAACUCCGUGUCAACCUCCACCAAUGCAAUCUCCUCCACAGCCACAGCUUCAAGGACGACCACAAAACUCCCCUCGUUUUCCAGUUUCAUGAGUGGGAACAAUAGCCCCAAAGACUCGCACUUAACGGUCAUGGCGAGUGCUGUACCCCAAGGGCUUAUAUCGUCUCAAGAAGUGGUCUCGUCGCCUGUGCCUCUCUUAGACGACGAUCAAGAACAAUUAGCCAACGCAAUACAAGCUGUGUUUUCAAGCACCAACACCCAAGGGAGCUUGAUGGAUCCCGCUCAAGACGAUCAACACCACCACCAUCACCAACAACAACAACAACUUAAAUCUCACGUGAACUCACCGUUUCAAAGUGGCCCAGCCAGUGUGAGCUCUCAUCACAUGAGUAGUGUGAUGUCCAAUCCCGGCACGCCUUUGGUCGAGCGAAGACACAGUGUCGACAUCAUUCAGGGUCAAUCUAGCUUACAUCAUUCGGUUCAGAAUUCACCCGCUCCGUCAUUAGGAGGCCCUCACACUCCGGUCUCUCAAACGGGACACCUGAUGACCGGAACAGAAGUAGUUUCCACAGCAAGUGUGCCCGCCACUGUUCCCACUGGCCUGGACUUUUGUGGACCUCUCAAUCUAGAUGAAAUCCAUUUGGACGACCACCCCAUCGAUUAUCAUCCGCAGUCCGCAGACGUGCCCGAGUUGUCCGUGUCCAAUGGCCAGCACAUGAAUUCCCAAAACUCCUUGACCGAUGCUACACCCACCUCGUUUUCAGAUCACCAUAGCAAUCACACCCAUCACAAUCAUCAAAGCGAUAUCAUGGAGCAUUUGAGCCACCAAAACCCGACCCGAGUUGAAAGUGCGGGGAUCGAGUCCCCGAGUGUGUCCCAUUUUUCCAACCCGCCAAGCGUAGCUAGUGCCCACCAAUUGGAUAGCCACCUAACGCCAAUGGUUUCUGCCCCUCCUAGUGUUGCCAGUCAUCAUGGUCCGUUAAGUGUAGCCAGUCAUCACGGCCCACUAAGUGUGGCGAGUCAUCACGGGCCACCGAGUGUAGCGAGUAUCCACGAUAAUCAUCAUUUGGAACAUCAGCCUAUGUCCAUGUUGGAUCUGCCUCAUUCACCCUAUUUGGAUCACCGACAAGUCCACUCUGUGCCCCCUUCUUGUUCACACGUUUCAGGCCCUCCAAGUGUAGAUAUGCGAAUGAUCUCAAAUCCAGCCAGCAUCAGUGACCACCAUCCCCUUAAUAACGGCAGUAUGCCCAACUCGCCUUUGAGCGAGGUGCUCAGUGAAGCCGAACAAUUCCACACCAACGCUAUUAGUCAGUCAAACAGUCGGAGGAACAGUGUGAGCUCGGGAAUCAAUGUGGGGACAGUGAGCUCCACUGAAGCCCUCUAUAGUGCAAAUGCAUCGUCGUGCGCCAACAGUGCGGCCAAUGAGAGUUUCCAGUUCAAUCCCGAACUCAACGUCUCUACUACUCUUGACAUUCCAAUCGCCAAUGCAUCUAAUAAUCCUUCUGUUUCCACGGCUACCACUGCCACGCAAUAUGUUUGCUCAUCCUCGGAACAUAUUGUUGAUAUGGAUCCCAAUGGCCAUGAGAUACCUCUAAUCGAACCCAAACCCACCCAAGGAGAAGACACUAAUCUUUAUAUCAAUUCCAAUUCCAAGUCAGAUAAAUUGGAUCCUCAAGCUUCGCUCCCUUCUGAGUCUAGCCUCUUCGAGUCCAAUGAAGUUUGCUCCACAGCGUCCUUGCUGGAGCCUCAACUUACCAACACGUCAAUUGCGAAUCCAGGUUUGAAAUCAGACACCAUGGUGGUCUUCACCUCAGAUAAAGUAAGCAGCCAAAAGGCUGCCGACGAUUUGCUAAACACGUCCUCUUCAUCAUCGAAUCACAAUUUUCUCUCAGAACUCGAGAGUGUCUUUAACGACAAUUCCAACUUCUCGUUCAGUUCGGCGUUGAAUACCGAGUCGGACAACAUGAAAGCGGCGGACAAGUUUCUCGAAUCUAUUCCUCCCAGUUCCAUUAUGGUGAACAAACCGCCAACCACGGCGGAAAACGACAUUUUCUCUGCUGUUCCUAGUUCAUCCCAUUUCUUAUCUUCUGUUCAUGAAGACGCUAAUUCUAAUCCGAGCUUUCCCGUAUCUUCCGUGUCUGGAGAUGACCCCAAUUGUGUGGGAUCCGCCACAGAUUCUCUUUCGAAGCUCUUCGAUGAGAUGACCCACCCAGAAUCGAAAUCCAUGGAUUGUUCUUCGAGAGCAAACGAGGCCAAUUCGUUUCUUCAGGAUGCCCCUUAGCAAAUGUACUGAAGUUCUGACGUGCAAAAAAUUGAUCCCUCGUUCUUCUGUUGUACCUGAAACUUAUAUAGCCUAUCUAUGAUAUAGUGGUUUCUAUGCAUUGUGUAACACCUUAUAUAGAUUCAAUAAAUAGGAAAGAAAAAGUAAUGACGUGCUUAGUUUGUUGGCGUCUGUGCUAAUGGAACACUAUUUGGAAAAGAUAACGGGACUAAUGGGAAAUUUUGGAGGCGUAAUUCUCAGUUCAAGGGCAGUAUGCGGAUCUGCAAGGUUGUCCUUUUGGCAGUUGGUCUCUUUUCCUUCGCAUUCCAAGCGCAUUGUGUGGAACUUGACAAUCUCUGUGAAGAGUUCUUGCAAGUUUCUAAUUGGGAAGAUAUUGUCGCUUUAUUGGAAAACAAAAUGGCCAUCGGCGAUUCGGAUAUGCUCCGCAUUGGAAGAUACUUGAACUCGACCGACCUACAGGCUAUUAUUGAUCACAUGUGGGAGCAACAGGAAUUUGAGCAGUUCUACAAAUGGAUUCUUGACAAUGGGUUGAAUCCACAACCCUUUUAUGACUGGAUAGAUGAUCUGAUUCACAUAGAGAUCAAUUCGACAACGAAUGGAGCCUCGGGGAUCGGUGAAAAAAUAGAGGAUAUAUCGUUACACUUAAAGAUGUCUCGCCAAGACUUUGUUGGUCGUUCGCUAAGGUCGUUGUACGAAGAAAUCAAGGCUAUUGUUCCUCUUCACGACAUCUUGACAUGGUUGAUAGGGCAUUGCAUCGACGACCAGGAUAUGAUCGACUUAAUGGACAAACUCCAGGAGAGAGACACGAAGAAGGUCAUGGAUCAUCUUUACAAUUCCACCGAAUUCCAAGACCUUCGAUGCACGCUUCUAGAGGAAGGAUUCAAAAUUCGAGAGUACGAAAUUGGAGUUUGCGGAUUCAUCGGCUGGGGCGAUUGCAAUUAUUUCGAAUGUUAAUAUCAGCUUGUUUAUAUUUCUUUCAAUAAAGUUUGGACAAGUCGGUUGCCAUCUAAGAUGGCAUUUUCGUGACCUCUCACCAAGUCACAGAUGGAUUUGUCUUUGGAGAUUUCCACGAUUUUG